AUGGCGGUGAUCUCUCCAACACUUCACAGCGCUGCUUCGAGAUUGGUGUAUUCUUUACAGAUGGUGCCUAUCCCGCAUGUCCAUGGUCCUGCAAGGCAACUCGUCUUACCCAGUUUAAGACUUAAAGAGAGCAGCGACCCUCCUGGAGACCCUUGGUCUCCCACAAGACUCUCGGAAGCAGUCCGGCCCACCUCAAGCACCUACACCGACCCACAGAUAAGACCCAGUGAACAUUACCCCGUUCCUGCCCCAACCGGCCUUCCCUAA